UUUUAUUUUGUAUGUAAUGUUUCGCCUUUACGGAUACUUUUAUUGACUAAACAUUCUUUUGUUUGGUGGGGGUUGUUUAAACAAAAUGGUCUGACGUUCGCUACAUUUUUCUAUCAUCUCCGUUUGGAAUUUUUGCCAGGACAUUACUCUUUAAUUUCUAUACUCUUUUAUAUUUUACAUACAAAAAAUAAUAAAAUAUUUAAUAUUAUACAAACGUUAAAUAAAUAAAGCAAUAAUCGAUAUACUUGCUAUCUAAUAUUUUUAUUUUAUUUUUAAUAAAUAAAUAUUUUUUAAAUAUUUUAAAAUUUAAAACUUAAUUUUAAGACAAUGUCUGAUCCACAAAAUUAUGGAAAACAUCCAAAAGACCCCAACAAGCCUAUGAAAGAACGAAUGUUGGCUGGGGAACUUUAUCGUAUUGAUAAUGUUCUUGAACAAGACAUAGAUUCAACGGCUAAAUGGCUGGCUCGUUUAAAUGAUUCUUCUUGUUCCAGCCGUUCUGAACGGCAACAAAUUAUUAAAGAACGACUUGGGGCUAUGGGAGAAGGUUGCGAUAUACGGCCACCUUUUUAUUGUGAUUAUGGCACAAAUAUUUUUAUGGGAAAAGAUGUCAUUCUUAACUUUAAUUGUUGUAUUUUGGAUGUAACAACUGUAACAAUUGGGGACGGCACUUUGUUUGGACCCAACGUUCAAAUCUAUCCUGCAGAUCACCCAAGGGACAAAGAAACACGUCUGGAAGGUUGGGAGUUUGGUCGGCCUAUUAAAAUAGGCAAAAAUGUGUGGAUUGGUGGUGGGGCAAUGAUACUUCCAGGAGUAACUAUUGGAGAUGAUGCUAUAAUUGGUGCUGGUUCUGUAGUGACUAGAGAUGUUCUGCCAAACACAACUGUUGCGGGAAAUCCUGCGCGUCCUUUAACAAAAAAGUGA